AAAUCCUUCUCACCAUUGCGCGUUCAAGAUCUCAUCAUCUUUUCCUCAUUCUUCAUUGUUCCUGGUCCACCCAUUCCUCUUGAGAGAAAAACAAACUGCGUAUUUUUUUUUUUGCAAAAUAAGGUUUCCUGCGAUCACACAAAAUGAACAAGGAUCCCUUGCCUCCUCCAUCUUACGGGCCCCUGCCCCCUAUCCAGGAAAGCCCCAUCCGGAUCUGCACCAUCUCCCUCACUGGCUACGACAAGGUCCGUCUCAUCGGUACCCCAGCACCGCUCACGCCACUCUUGCGGUCUGCGAUCCUCUCCUGCUGGGGCACUAUCCAACGGGAAUCCAACUAUGCCGGCUCACACGAAUUCAAGCUGUCGGGUGUACCAUGGCACGGCCAGGGUCCAGACUCUGUGAGAUCACGAAGACUUCUGGCGGGGAUCCUUUACACGAUGGCAAAGGCCGGGUGGGACCUGCUACAGUCGACUGAUGUCAGCAAGCGGAUCCAUGACAAGGACACGCUGUUCUUCGAAUAUUCAGAGCCUCCCGCAGGAGUGCUGUCGGCGUCGAGCUCGAACUCUGGAAGAUCUGAAGCAACAGCCAUGGGAAGAGAAGGGGAUGGGAUGGAAAUGUAUGAAUUGAGGGAGGUCGAGUUGUUCACAGUGGGCUUUAAUCGGUCGGACAGGAUAAGGAUCAUCAGUCAACAGGUACCACAGGUCAUGUUCAGGAUGGUGGAGGUAAUCAAGCGGGCGAUUGCUACACAAUGGAAAUAUGGCAUUCAAGCAGAGCAGGACUACUGCGGAUCGUAUGAAAUCAAGUUGCAGGGUAAUCCCUUCGAUGCAAAGGGCGACGAGUCUGUCUAUGCCCGGAUGAUGCUGGCACAGAUCAUUGCCAACUUCAAGGCCGAGGGAUUCAAGUUGUACGCGUCAAUCAGUAUUGGCCAUGGCAGGGACGAUAAUGACCUCGAGAGUUGGGUUUUUCGGCGGAUGAAUGAUUCUUGGCGUUGAUCAAGGUGUCUCCAUGGCGUUGCGGGUAUAUGAGUGAUUCAAUACUCUUAGAUUGCCCAUGCCAAGGAAAUAGCAAAAAAAAAAAAAAAAGCCCAGAAAGCCAGGCUCAUUCAUGGGGUGGUCUAAGCGAGUCUUCUUAAACCACUGGAUUUGGUAAUAAAUAUAAAAUGCGUUCAAUUUUGAAUGAGACGGAAUAGGUUAGACAUGCC